GUCGUUCCUCCGAGUAUUUGGUCAGAGCAAAGUUUUUCUCCUCUGAAGAGUUGUGUUGGGGAUGUUGAGCUCUGUGAAGAUGGAAGCCCAUGAUCUACCAGAGUGGAAUACUUUCUACAGCGAGGCCAGCGAGAUGUAUUCCUCUCCCAGCUCUAUGAACUCUGGUCUCGGCUCCAUGGGCUCCAUGGGAACCAUCAACAGCUACAUCAACCUGAACCCGGCCACCGCUGCUCCAGCAGGUAUGAACAUGGCCUAUCCCAGCUCGAGCCUCACCAGCUCCCCUCUGGCCUCCAUGGGCUCCGGGUCCGGCCACAUGUCCCUCUCCCCGGUGGCCUCCUCCCUCAACCCGAGCCCCCUCACCCAGCUGGGCUCCACCGCUCCCAGCUCCCUGGGCUCGCUGUCCCACUACCAGAACAUGGGCCAGCCGAUGAGCCAGCUGGGAUACCCCUCCCCCACCUCUCUCAGCCGGGCCGGUCCCAAAGAGGUACCAAAGCCCUACCGGCGCUCCCUGACCCACGCCAAGCCGCCAUACUCCUACAUCUCCCUCAUCACCAUGGCGAUCCAGCAGAGCGGCAACAAGAUGCUAACCCUGAACGAGAUCUACCAGUGGAUCAUGGAUCUGUUCCCGUACUACCGUGAGAACCAGCAGCGCUGGCAGAACUCCAUCCGCCACUCGCUCUCCUUCAACGACUGCUUCGUCAAGGUGGCCCGCUCCCCGGACAAGCCGGGGAAGGGCUCCUACUGGGCGCUGCACCCCAAUUCAGGCAACAUGUUCGAGAACGGGUGCUACCUGAGGCGGCAGAAGCGCUUCAAGAUCGAGGACAAGACAGGGAAGAAAGGGAGCAAGAACCAGGAGGGGGGCACGUCGGGAAAAGGAGGCCACGGCGGAGAUAACCUGGCGGAGGAGCACAGUCCCGCAGCAGGAUCAGAGGGGGCUGACUCCGCCCACUCGGACAACUCCCACCCCGGCUCCUCCUCAGACGACCAGCAGCAUCCCAGGAACGCCCUGGUCCCGUUAGACUGCCCCGCUCCUCCCUCCUCACACAUGCACAGCCCGCCUGGCUCCCUUCCUCCGUCCUCCUCCUCUGCAUCCUCCAUCCCUCCGUCCUCCAUGUCCCUCUCCUCCACCUCCUCCUCCACCAACCCGCUCCUCCACUCCCAGUCCUUAGGGGGUGGCACCCACCUCCUGCCCAGCACCAUGCAGCAGCACAUGGACCUGCAGAGUGACGCCCUCAAGUCUCUGGACCCCCACUACAACUUCAACCACCCCUUCUCCAUCACCAACCUCAUGUCCAACGAGCAGAAGAUGGACCUCAAGUCCUACCAGGAUCAGGUGAUGGCCUACAGCGGCUACGGCGGCGGCUCUCCCGUGGGAGCCAAGCAGAUCUACGACAGUCCCGGGCCGGCGGCCAUGGACUCAGGCGCCUACUACCAAACCCUGUACAGCCGCUCGGUGCUCAACGCCUCCUAAUGUGGACACUCACUGCCUCCCUGUGUGUCCCGGUGAGCUAAAAUGGAGGCCGGUGGAGGGUCGCUACUUUCCUCUUUCUCAGCAUUUUCUAAAAUGGACACCUGAACUCUCUCCCUCCCUCCCUCUCUCUCUCUCUCUGUUUUUCUCUCUCUCUCUUUCUGUCUGGCUCGUGUCCAACGGCCUUGGGAGAGACUCACAUCUAAAAUGGCCGCUGUGUUUGAUGGACCAAAGAACACUUUUCUUCCUUCCCCAACUCUGAGUGGACACUGAGGGACGCGGAGACCGCUUUAGUUACAUGGAGGCCCGAAAACCCGAGGUGGAAAAGGAGCUGAAAAACCUGGAUAUUCUAAAUCCUUACCCGAUGAUGAAGACGUUUUACUCAUCUGUGUAACUUUAUGUAGAAGUCAAAUCCUGUUUUUGCCAGUUGCUUACAGUUCUUAGUUUUCCUAUAUGCUUUAUACUGUCCGCUUUGUAUAAAUUGUAAAUAGAGGUAAUGUGGGGGAAAAGGAUAUUUGCAUUUAUUUAUGAAGGGAAUAAAUUUUAAUAUAUCUUGUAUAGUGCUGCGUUAACCAGUUACAAAACCAAAUGUGAGGAUUUUAGCCAGAGACGGAGCGCGAGGCGAGCUUCAGGUUACUGCUCUCAUGCAGGUGUUACUGCAGUCGAAUCCAGAUGAUUUUUUUUUUUGUGUGUUACACCGUUCACGUUCGACACUACAUUCCUGUUAUGUUGACAUGCUGUCGUCGUUUCUCUCCUGACCGUGCGUGCGCCAGCUCCGAGGAG